AUGGAAGAGCAAGCUCACCCUAUCGAAGCACGAGUCUUUCAAACAAUCGAAUCUGCAGCUAUCAAGCUGAUGGAGCUCAGAGAACUCCAGCUUCAAUACGUCGAAAACCGUCACCACGUCCUGGCACUGAGGCAAUUCGAAGCAAAGUCCCGCGACACAUGGCAACGAGAGUUACAGCGCCUGCGGGAGGAACUGGGACCGGAAAUCGACAACAUUCCAGUUCAUAUUCCAGCGAUGGACGCUGUGGAGGAGGCCAACGAACAGCAUCAACGUCGCAAGGCAUCGAUCAAUACCCUCUGCGACGACUUAAUCGAACUCACGAACCGUCUCAAGCGAGAAGUCAGUGGAAUUCAGGCGGAGGAAGGAAAUGGUUACACCGCAGACCAACCGAUUUCCUUGGAUUGUGGACCCCAGGUCAAAGGCGGGACUUCAAACGACGACCCUAUUGUGAUUGAAUGA